GGCAACUUUCAUCGGUCGAUCAUCACCGAACUUUAAACAGUUUGUUUAUCAUCCCAAGUAAAAGGUUUUUCUGUGCGUUUUACAGCUUCAAAAAACAACCACAAAUGGCUGACAACUCCCAGAAGAUGAGCUACCACGCCGGCCAGGCCAAGGGCCAGACUGAAGAGAAGGCCAGCGGCAUGAUGGACAAGGCAAACAAUGCAGCUCAAUCCGCAAAAGAAUCAAUGCAAGAGGCUGGCGACCAAAUGAAGGCCAAGGCACAAGGUGCUGCUGAUGCUGUUAAGAAUGCAACUGGGAUGAACAAAAAUUAAUGAAGCAGCUGAAGCUGAAGCUUCUUCAUUCAGUCAAUCGAAUAAUUCAGAAGCCUAAAUUUCAUUUAGGUGUCUUUUAUGUUUUAGUUUAUAAGUAAGAAUGAAAGAAGAGAGCUCUAAUGGUGUAGUUCUUUUCUGUCUUCAUUUCAAAGUUUCCUGUAAGGCAAUUCUUCUGGUUUUCUAAAUAUUCGUUUACUUGCCAGAUUAAAACAAAGCUCUUAAUAAUACAUUGAUUGGUGCCAAUCA